AUGUCUUCUGAUACAAAAAGUAAGGAACAAUCAAAGGAGUUGGAACUUCUUACAGAAGAUUUUUUUAAAAGAGGUAAAUAUACUUAUAUUUUAUGUGGACUUCUUCAAUUUAUGAUUCUUUUUCAAAAUGGAAAUAUGAUUUAUAUGACUUUUGCUGGUCUUCCUCCUAGAAUAACAUCUUGUGGUAUGACUAACUUUUCAACACCAGAAUGGAAUAAUAAAAAAAUUUGUGAUUUUAUUACUAAUACACAAGAAUCUAGAAAUUGUACACCAGUAACUGAAGGUGAUUUUGAUUCAGUUAAUAGAGAGUGGAAAUAUUAUUGUGGUAAAGAUGCACUAGCAGUAAAAAGUUCUACAUCUGGUCAAAUGUUUGGCAUUAUUAUUGGAUCAAUUGCUGGAGGUCAACUUUCUGAUUUGUAUGGAAGAAAAAAAGUUAUGUUUAUUUCAUUAAUUUUUUGUAUAACAUUUGUUAUUUUAUCGUCUUUUGCUCAAGAUCUCACUCAAUUAACUAUUAUAAGAGGAUUUGUUCAAUUUUUUAAUGAAAAUGUUCCAAAAAAUGAUAGAAUUUGGAUUUAUAAUGUUUUCACUUGGUCUCCUAAUACAGUACUUUUUGCAAUUGUAGCUUAUUUUUCUGGUGAAUGGAGAACAUUAGCUAGAGUUACUGCUAUAUUAUCUAUUCCAGCUGUCAUCCUUACAUUUGUAUCUGCUGAAUCACCAAGAUGGCUUAUUCAAAAAGGUAAAAUUGAAGCUGCUAAAAGUGAAUUAAAAAAAAUAUGUAAAAUUAAUGGUAGAAAUAUUGGAGAUGAUGCUAUAAAAGAAUUUGUUGAUUCAGAACAUGAAAAAAAUACUAAGAAUACUAAAUCAGCUAACACAAGAUACUCCUUUUAUCAUCUUUUUUAUACAUGGAAUUUUACUGCAUACUCAAUAAUUCUUGCAACAACAUUUUUUGUUGCUUCAUUAGGAAAUUAUGGAACAAUGUUUAAUAUGGAAAAAUUAAGUGGAUCAGUUUAUACUAAUUCAAUUCUUAUGGGAUCAUUAAGAUAUCUUCUUAAUUUAAUUGUUGCAUUUGCAGAUACUAGACUUCUUUGGCUUGGUCGCCGUCAUAUUUUGUCUUCUUCAUGUUAUGCAAUUGGAUCAGCUGCUUUACUUAUUGUUCUUAUAUUUGCAUUAAAUAUGAAAGUAUCUCUUGAACUUGGACUUCGUAUAUUACAAAUUUUACUUGUUGCAUUUACAUCUCAAUUAUAUGUAACAAGUGGAAUUGUAUCAGCUGAACUUUUCCCAACUCAAGUAAGAAACUUGUCAUACAGUACAUUACAAACAUGUUCACGUAUUGGUGUAUUCUUAGCCCCAUACCUUUUUGUAUUAUCUGCACUUUUUGACUCUGCUCCAUAUGUUACUUUAGCUGUAAUUACAAUAGCUGUUGGAACAUCUUACAUAUUCUUUAUUCCAGAAACUAAAGGUCAACCAUUGAAAAAUGAAAUGCCAGGACCAGAGGAAAGAAUUUGUAGUAAAGCUAAGAAAAGACAAAUAUUAAAAGGACCCGAAGAUGAAGCUGCAGAAAAAAUUCUUUCUGGAGAGACAAACAAUACAACAACUACAUCUAAAUAA